CGGACAAAAAAAUUCCUUAUCUUUUUCUCCUCCUGUCAAUCACAUUAUCGUUUUCUUGAAGUUCCUCCUUCCUAAACGUGUCAGACAAAAUCAAUCUUUGCACAGACCAUGGCUGCCACACUUAGCCUUCUCAAACUUCCAAUCUUGCCCUCAAAACCCAAAUUCAAGAUUUCAAUUCCCAGCUGCAAACAUUCUCCAGUUACUCUUCUACCACAACAAUGUCAUCAAGAUUCUUACAACCCACAAAAGUUGCUCCUUCAUGACACCAUUGAACAGCUCAAAUCAGCUUCUCUUCCUCUUACUGCACUCACAUUUCCUUUCUUUCUUGAUGCCCAGGAUGCAUUUGCAGCAGGUGGAGAAUUUGGGAUUUUUGAAGGGAGGAGUUUUGCUCUGAUUCAUCCCAUUGUUAUGAGUGGUUUGUUUGUUUACACUUUAUAUGCUGGUUAUCUUGGAUGGCAAUGGAGGAGAGUUAGGACUAUACAAAAUGAGAUUAAUGAGCUCAAGAAGGAAGUUAAACCUGUCACUGUGACUCCUGAGGGCACCCCUGUUGAAAACCCCAAGCCAUCCCCUGUUGAAGCUAAAAUUCAGCAACUCACUGAGGAGCGGAAGGAGUUAAUCAAAGGUUCAUUCAGGGAUAGACACUUCAAUGCAGGUUCAAUAUUGCUUGGUUUUGGGGUGUCUGAGGCAAUUUUCGGAGGUUUGAAUACCUGGCUUAGGACAGGAAAGUUAUUUCCAGGGCCUCAUUUGUUUGCAGGGGCAGGGAUUACAGUUCUAUGGGCAGCAGCAGCAGCUCUUGUACCAGCAAUGCAAAAGGGGAACGAAACAGCUAGGAGUCUGCACAUAGCUUUGAAUGCAUUAAACGUUAUCCUAUUUGUUUGGCAAAUCCCCACUGGAAUUGACAUUGUCUUCAAAGUAUUCGAAUUUACCAACUGGCCUUGAAUUGGCUCGAAGUUUGAAGGUCGAGUUGUCUGCAUUCUUGCGUGUGAACAUUCACAAUAGAAGAGAUCCUACUUAGUGUGGCAAAGUUGUUGUACACCAGAUGUAAUGACCCUUUCAAGGAAUUGUCUAGAAACAAAGAAAAAAAGAAAAAGGAUGGAUGUCAAAACUAGUUGUGUAAGUAUUGUUAUAUCAAUCAAAAUCUACUAUGCCUCAAUUCACAAUCAGUUGGGGUUUACUAUAUUAAAUCUUUUGUAUCCAUUCAGUUCUGUUCUGGUAUUAGAGUUCUUUGUAACAAUCCUUUGAAUU